AUGUCUUGGCCUGAAAUGCUUGAACAUAACAUGCGUGGCAAAGGAGUGGAGAUGCUUCAUUUUUAUCGUGAUUGCUUAUGGGAAUAUGGGCCUAAAUCUGAAAUCCCAUCAGUUGUUGUCCCAGAGCUGAAAUCUGAUGUAGAACAGGAUUCGAUAAUUGAUACUUCAGACGUCACCGCGAUUGACUCUUCGAACUCUUUGAAUGAGGAUGAUUCCGCAAUCCGGAAUUACACCUUGGCUAUUCUGAAAAAAUUACGGACCGACGAACUGCCACUGUUGGUUAGUUCGUUUUUUGGCGGAAAGGUUUUGCCUUCGAUUCCAGAUGGCAAAAAAAUAAACAUUAAGCACACAAAGUAUAAGAAGUUUUCUUCGUUGUUGAGCGAGCUUCAAGAAGAAGAUGUGGUGAAAGUUGAAAAAAUCAAGAAUGUUGAUUUCAUUACAUACGUUGAAAAAUCCCACCCUGCUUUGAAGGAAGUAUCCUUUGAAACACUGUCUUUGAAAGAACCUUCGGUGAAACAGUCAGAACCUGAGAAUAAGGCGAUAUUCUCUGAAAUGCUUGUCGUAAAUGAAGACUUGUGCCACUUGUUGAAGUCUGUUUGUCCGAAUGUACAGAAAAAUAGCAAAAUGACAUCAGCGGAUGUACGAAGGUACGUAACUUUGUACGUGCGGCAAAAGGGUCUUGCAAGGAAGAACUGUGUUGUGAUUGAUGACGGUAUUCAUCAAUGUUUGUCAAAUUAUAGAGUUUCCGAGAGGUUUGCCGUUGAUAAUCAAGUUACAUGGCCUGAAUUUUUUGAACAGUUAUUUCAGACGUUGAAACCAGCUCAUGAAAUACACUUCAGCGAUGGGCAUGUGGAAAGCCGGAAAGGCCAUAUUCCUUCAGUGACAAUUUCCGUUGCGAUGAGGACCGGUAACAAGAAGAUUACCCUCAUUAACAAUCUCUCUUCCCAUUGCAUUGAUCCAAUACAGUUUGCCAAAGAUUUACAGCAGCGAGCAGCAGCAAGUGCAACGCUGAAUAAUGUUCCACAGUCUGUGGGGCCUCAAAUUCAGGUGCAAGGGAACAAGGUCAAUUUGGUUCAGAAGAUUCUAAUGGAAAACUUUAAUAUUGCUCAAAAAUUCAUUAAAUUGACAUAG